ACGAGAGCCAACACAAUGGCUUGCGCAGCUGCAAUGCGCAUGGCGAGGCCAUUUCCUCGCAGCGGGCGCCCCAUGCCGCUCCGGCGCUUUCUCCAGACGAGUGCUGCGCCCGCAUCUGAUUUUGCAUUCGCUUUCGAUAUCGACGGAGUGCUUCUUCGGAGCGCGGAUCCGCUGCCUCGAGCACACCAGGCGCUUUCCUAUCUCCAGGCGCACCGCAUUCCAUUCAUCCUGCUCACCAAUGGCGGCGGGAAACACGAGUCGGAGCGCGUCGCCGACCUGAGCAGUAGACUCAAUGUGCCGCUCGACACGUCCAUGUUUGUCCAGAGCCACACGCCCUUUGCCGACAUGCAUCAUCUCAAGGAAAAAACCGUCAUGGUGGUUGGCGGCGAGGCAGACAAGUGCAGGAAGGUGGCUGAGGCAUAUGGCUUCAAGAGGGUGGUUACUCCAGGCGACAUUUUGGUCGCGCAUCCGGAAGUUUGGCCCUUCUCCCAGCAACUACUUUCAUACUACAAGAGCUUCACCCGCCCUCUGCCCGCCCCGAUCGACCCUUCUUCGCCGUCAACCUCGCUGCGGAUUGACGCUGUUUUCGUCUACAACGACCCGCGCGACUGGGGCCUCGAUGCGCAAACCAUCAAAGACGUGCUGCUAUCCGAACAGGGUAUCCUGGGCACGUUAUCCAAAAAGAACGGCAACCCUGCGCUGGAGAACCGUGGUUACCAGCAGGAUGGCCAGCCCACAGUUUACUACUCCAAUCCAGACUUGCUGUGGGCGGCAAAAUACCAUCUUCCACGUCUCGGCCAGGGAGGCUUCCGUGAGGCCUUUGAAGGCAUCUGGGCGGCGAUCACUGGCGGCGAGGCAAACGGCGUGAAGCUGCACAAGGUUGUCAUGGGCAAGCCGCAUCGUCCUACAUAUGAGUUCGCCGAGAAACGACUGAUAGCACACCGGAAUCACCUGAUGCAGCCGCACGGUGGUGCUCUUGGCCACCUCAAGCGGGUAUACAUGGUUGGCGACAAUCCCGCCAGUGACAUUGCCGGCGGCAACAACUACAAGAGUCCACAUGGCACCGACUGGGCCAGUAUCUUGGUUGAGACGGGCGUCCAUGUCAAGGGCACUACGCCAUCACCCGAGCCACGCAAGAUAGUGGGUGAUGUGUGGGACGCCGUGGCAUGGGCCAUCUCCCAGGAACAAGGCAAGCAAAUGUCUUCUUGAAAGCCAUGUCAUCAUUUAGAUUCACAUAGUCUACCUUCAUGGUAUCAUUGAAAAUGUACAAAAUACAUACAAUCAAGCUAUUUGUUACACGCAAUGAAUUGCAUCAAAC